GCUGCGAGUCAUUAUCAUCUUCACUUUCGAUUGAGCAGCAGUAGUAUCUUGUAAUCGCGUCUGUUCACGAGUAUAAUUAGGGAUCGUAAACUCGUACUAAUUGUGAGGAGGGGAAAGGAAAGGAAAGCAAACGAAAAUCGCAAAUAAGAUCACUUGAGCCGCUUGAAAAGAGUGCAAUAAGUAUAAAUGGAAAAUAAAGUUUUUGCUCAGAACAGGUUCAAUUAUAAGUGAAAUCGAAACAGCUGUACGAUUCGGAAUUGCACGAAUUGCACGGCGUGAACGUGAAUUGCUCAACAAGUGUCAAAUGUUGCUCAGAAAUUCUAUUUACAGGAAACACACAAUGAUAGCAAACAUCCAGCGAUUGAUCGUAAUCAUCAUCUGCCUCAACCUCACCGUCUUCUCGGUGCUCAACGAGGCGAAGGUCUUCUCCAAAUGUGACCUGGCCAAAGAGCUAGGCAAGAAUGGUAUUUCUCGGACCUUUUACGGUCACUGGAUUUGUUUGGCCAACGCAGAGAGUGGCAUGAACACAACGAAGAUCAACAAAUUGCCAAAUCUUACCAGCAGCUAUGGGAUCUUUCAGAUCAACAGUAAAGAAUGGUGCCGCGAAGGCCGCAAGGGCGGCAAGUGCAAUAUGAAGUGCGAAGAUUUCUUGGAUGACGAUUUGAAGAACGAUAUCGAUUGCGUGAAGAAAAUCCAGAUGCAGUACGGAUUCAACGGCUGGUCCGUUUGGCAGAAGAAAUGCAAGGGCAAGGAACUGCCCGAUAUUUCCAAGUGUAACGCUUAGACUUAUAAAUGAGACUAUGCAUAUUGUGAUAGAAAGUCCUAAAUCCUAUUUUGUACGAGCAAUAAAUUGCAAUUUUACCAAUUAA